GGAAGCAGGAAAGGUCCGGUGUGUGCCCAAAUGGCAACCUGUCCCGUCACUUAUUCCCGCAGUUUGGCACUGGACAACGGCCGGAGGUGGAGCGAAGACCAAACGGAAAGUGCCAUCGUUACGGUCCCUGCUUUGCUCUUUCUGCCUCCAAGACCGUGGGGCCCCAGCCCCAGCCAUGGAGCGCCGCCGGGUGCCGCCGCAGGCCGGGCUGGGCCCUGGGGGGCACCGGCACCGGAGCGGGGGACCCUCUGACGGCGCGGGGGACUCGGACCCGGCUCGGGCCGCGGCGGCGCCCCCGAGACACCGCACCCCGGCCCGGCGGGACCGGGCUCCCCCCGCUCGGCGGGCUCGGCCCGAGCCCCCUUCGGGCGCGGGGCUCCCGGGGGGCUUCGACCGCCGCUGCUGGAUGGCGCUGCACUGCGAGCGGCUGCCGCCGGACUGCAGCGCCCAGCCCGCCUCUGGCACUCCAGGAGACGAGCGCAUCCAUGCAGCACUGUUUGCAAAACUGAAGGAGUUGCUGGUGAGGAGAGCAUCAGAUGGAGAUCCUCCAGCACCUUUUCUGGAUGGACAACGGUACUAUGAACAGGGGUUGUAUGAAGAAGCAUUAAAGCAAUUUAAAAAAAUUGAGGAUACAGAUUUUCAAGCAAUGUAUCAGCUUGGUGUGAUGUAUUAUGAUGGACUAGGCACUGAAGAAGACCCCGAAAGGGGAGUGGAAUACAUGAAUAAAAUAUUCAACUCUGAUUCCCCAAAAGCAAGACACCUGAAGGCUGCAGCUGCAUACAAUCUUGGCAGGGCAUAUUACGAAGGACGUGGUGUUAAGCGUUCAACCAAAGAGGCUGAAAGGUUGUGGCUUAUUGCUGCAGACUACAGAAAUCCAAAAGCAAGUGUAAAGGCCAUGAGUACUUUAGGAAUGCUUUAUUCUAUGCCAGUUCUAAAAGAUCUGAAGAAGGCCUUUUUCUGGCAUUCAGAAGCAUGUAACAAUGGAAAUCUGGAAUCACAGGGAGCACUUGGCAUUAUGUAUCUCUAUGGACAAGGUAUACGUCAAAACACUAAAGCUGCUUUGAAGUGCUUGAGAGAAGCAGCAGAACGUGGAAACAUCUAUGCUCAAGGCCAUCUUGUAGAAUAUUAUUACACUAAAAAAUUUUACUCAAAAGCUGCUACACUAGCCAAAAGGACCACAGAAAACAAUGACAUCAAUAUGCUAGCCAAGAAAGCUGAUUGCCAUCCAACAUAUGUAGCCAAGGGGGUUGCUAUGGCUGCUUUCUACUUGGCUAGAUGCCUCCAGCUUGGCCGAGGCAUAAAGCAAGAUCAAGAUGCUGCUAAAAUAUACUAUUCUAAGUUAGGAGCCUUUGGUUUGCAUGAUCUCUGAGGAGUCAAAAAUACAUAACUGGACUUCUGGUCCUGUGAAUGGGACAGGAUGGAGCAUCCCAGAAAUGUGCUGGCUCAGGAGGAAGCUGCUUAAGCUUGGGAGAUAAGGGUGGGAAAGGAAAAUACUGGAAAACCCACUCAGUCUAGGAUCUUUUUCUGUCUAGGCUGCAGGUCACUCUAACAUUCAGUGCUCUGAAAUCUCUUCUCAGAAACAGACAGUGGCACACAACAUGACAUUGUGGGUAGACCUCUCCAACUUCAAAAUAAAAGAGGAAGAAGUAAUUGGGGU